AUGACUCGAUUUACUGCCAGGCAGGGCAUCAAGGCGCCGCGGAAGCUGGGAAACGCUCAGAGCGGCGCCGUAUUGGCCGCGCGGAAACGGCAACGGCAAGAAAUGGACUUUCUGAAGGAGAUGCGGCAGGUUAUGGACCGAGAUCAUCAGGGUCCCUCGGCGGCGGACUGCGUUCGAGUUAGAGAAGGAAAGAAGCAGCGGGAGGCAGAUCGGUUCAAAGCGGACAAUCAGACGGUGCGGUACCGUCUGCCUACCAAGUCUUGUGACUACCAGCGCAGUAUCGAUGAGGUUGUGAGCGGGUUGGCUGCUCGAGUCGAUUUUUCGCGGGAGGGACGACGUUUGUCCUUUCUGCGUCGACCCGCGGCCCCAGAGGUUGGAAGUUCAGAUUACGAGGCGUUUGAAGCGACACGAAACAACUUUUAUGCUCAGAUGCUUGCGACUCCCCCCAGAAAGGGCGUUUUGGGUGACAUUCUACUUCCUCGAGGGAUGCUGGAUCAGUUUGCCUCCAUUAAGAGUGAUUCUGGGGUGGACAGAGACGGCGAACCGACUGUGGCACACGUGGUUCCGAUCAUUGAAGGCAAGCCUGUGAUCCCCAAGGAGAUGGAGGGCGUUUCAGACCUAGCAAUUUCUUCCAAAUGGUACCAGAGAGCAUGUCUUCUUCGAUUCCAGGCUGCUUUUGGCACAGAUGAUCGUCGCUUGCAUGGCACAUCUGUGCGUGUGAUGCAGCAACAGGGCCGAAACCGGAUCUUCGAACUAGAGACUUUGUUGGAGAUAGCUCUAGCUGAAAGACAAAGACUAGUCGAGAAGGUGGAGGAGGUUUUGAAAGCUGGGUAUAAGGAUCUGGACAGCAAGAGUGUGACAGAGAAAGGCGCUAUUGUCUUCGACUUUGAUUCCAACUCGUUCGAACCAUUCCAGUAUGAAAAUGGAGCUGUGAGAAGGAUCUACUUCUCUGUCUGUGGCAUGGGUGCUUCUGAAUUUGGACUGGCAGGAAACGUGUCGGUUCCUAUGAGUGAGUCUAUCAACAAGCUCAUGUGGGAACUGUUCCGACACUCUCUUCGAGUUAGAGGGGUUGGGGAGAUGAGUUCUGAUGCUCUGCAGCGGAUCCAGGCUCGAAAACAGGCCAUUAUCGACUACAACAACGGCAAAUCCAAGAGAAACGUCAUCAAUGAGCGCAUGUUUGACGCAGGAGAGAAGAGGUCACUUGAGGAGGAACUCAUCAGGGAUAUUGCUCUGCUUGAUCCUCAACCCAAGGGCAAGGUCAAGAAAGACGCUGUGAAGGUUGUCAAUGGAGGUGCCAAGAGGGAUACCCCUAGUAGGGCGCCUAAAGAGACAGAAAAAGGUGAUACCAGGGGUUCUAGAGAUGGAAGUGCGUCGAAUGGAAAGGGUUCCAACACUAGGGAAAUGAAGGCUUCCAACGACUCGAACACUAGAGGUUCUAGAGGUGUCCAGGAGAUCAAGACUCAGACUAGCGACACCAAGAGAGAGGUUGAUGAGUUUCUUACCAUUGAAGACCUCGUCGAACCUUCCGGCAAGAAAUCCAACAAGAAAUCCAACAAGACAGCCAGCAAGACAGCCAGCAAGACAGCGAAAAAGACAGUCAGCAAGACAGUCAGCAAGACAGUCAGCAAGACAGACAAGCCUCUUAGCAAGCCUUCUAAUAAGUCUGCAUCGGCCACUGUGGAAGACACGUUCCUUGACAUGGACUUUUUGCUAGAAGAGAAACCCAAGAAGCGAAAGGAGUCAAAGUCCACGAAAAAGAGGCCGCGCAAGGGUAAGAAGUUCUAG